ACUCGGGGACUCCCGGGCCUGUGGGCGGAGCCCUGCCCUUGACUGGGCGGUGCCAGAACCCCAAUUUAAAAACUCGCGGGGCACCGACCCUAGAUCGGGGACCCGGCGGCGGCUCCGCGGGGUAAGAGCGAGGCUGGCGCAGCGCCGAGGCCGCGGCCCUGGGGGCCCGCAAUCCGCGCCACGGAAUCCGCGAGUGAGCCGGAGUGAACGCAGCCACUGCCCGUCACAGACCGUGAAGAAGCUCCUGGAAGAACAGAGGCGCCGUCAGCAGCAGCCGGACGCUGGUGGGGUACCGGGACAGUUUCCGCCUCCCCUGGCCCAGCCCCUGACCGCAUCUGUGAAUGAGAGUGAGGCUGGCCAUUCCCGCUUCCCAGUACACCAGGAGACUGUGGGUUCUGGACUUGGCAGCCUGGCUCCCAGCACAGGCUUUCCAGACUGGGACCCCAACACGCAUGCUGCCUACACAGACAGCCCCUACUCUUACCCUGCUUCUGCUGCGGAAGGCUUCCCGACUCCUGACUUCUACCCGCCCUCCGACCCAGGGCGGCAGUGUUCAUUUUCUGUGGGGAUGGAGGCAGGAUCCUGGAGAGGUUCUGGACUCCCCCUAGGGCCCCCACAGUUGCCCCCUGUGGCCACCGGACCAUCCCUGGACACAGCCCGUGCUCACAUGCUGGCUUUGGGGCCACAGCAGCUGCUGGCUCAGGAUGAGGAGGGAGACACGCUCCUGCACCUGUUUGCGGCUCGGGGGCUGCGCUGGGCAGCAUAUGCCGCAGCUGAGAUGCUCCAAGUGUACAAACAUCUGGACAUCCGUGAGCAUAAGGGCAAGACCCCUCUCCUGGUGGCUGCUGCCGCCAACCAGCCCCUGAUUGUGGAGGAUCUACUGAACCUCGGAGCAGAGCCCAAUGCCACUGAUCAUCAGGGACGUUCUGUCUUGCAUGUGGCUGCUACCUAUGGGCUUCCAGGAGUCCUCUCGGCUGUGAUUAACUCAGGGGUUCAGGUUGACCUAGAAGCCAGAGACUUCGAGGGCCUCACCCCUCUCCACACAGCCAUCCUGGCCCUCAACGUUGCUAUGCAACCACCUGACCUAUGUUCCCGGGUGCUGAGCACCCAGGCCCGAGACAGGCUGGCUUGUGUCCAGAUGUUGCUGCAUAUGGGUGCUGAUCACACCAGCCAGGAGAUCAAGAGCAAUAAGACAGUUCUGCAUCUGGCUGUGCAGGCCGCCAAUCCUACUCUGGUUCAGCUGCUGCUUGAGCUGCCCCAGGGAGACUUGCGGGCCUUUGUCAACAUGAAGGCCCACGGCAACACAGCCCUCCACAUGGCGGCUGCCCUGCCCCCUGGGCCCCCCCAGGAGGCUAUUGUGAGGCGCCUGCUGGCAGCUGGGGCAGAUCCAACACUGCGAAACCUGGAGAAUGAACAGCCUGUCCACCUGCUGCGGCCUGGGCCGGGCCCUGAGGGGCUCCGGCAGCUAUUGAAGAGGAGCCGUGUGGCACCCCCAGGCCUGUCCUCUUAGGACUCAAACCCAGAACCUGGACUGAUUUUCCAGUCCCCACCGUCCUGUGGGACAGUCAGCGUAUGCUAAUGUUGCAAAUCCAUGAUAAUGUAUGUGGAAUGUCCUGCCAUCGGGGUCUUACAUUAAAACCCCAACAUGGCUGCUGGGGGUAAACAAUCCCCAAUAUUUGGGGUGGUGUAAUACCCCUCCCCCACCCACAAGGAGCCCUCUUGAUGAUUUCUGUGAAAUCGAGGCCCCUUGACUGUUUCUGUGAAACACCCUAGACCCCUGACCCUUUCUCCAUUGGAAUCUUUUGGGACCCCUUCCCUACUCAACUCUAGUUCAACUCACCUAGAACCCCAGAUGGGAUUUCCCUACACAGUACUUGGGGUACCCCCAGAAGAGCUCCCAGUGUCAUCCAGUAGAGCUCCUAAGAUGACCCCCCAAAUCUCCCCAGGACCCACACCAUUCAGGUCCUUACCCCUGAGACACAGGAAGGACUCUCCUAGGUCCUAUGCUUUCUAAUUCAGAACUCAGAUCUCCGCAUUUCCAGUGAAUCCCUCCCCUACCUGAAACUCCUUAUUAAACUCAGUUUGGACUGCAC